AGAGGGAAAGAAAGAAAUAGUGAGGGGGAGCUUUUAAUGGAUGGGGCAUUGGAGUAGUAGGGCUACUGGUCUGGUGGUAGCGGCCGCAACAACUUCUUCUUCUUCUUCUCUUCUUUCACUUGUUCGUCCAUUUAGGGUUAGACUUCCUUCUGCAACCACUUUCUUCUGCAUAUCUGAUUUGCCUUCAUCGUCGUUGCCCUCCACCAUGCCUGGACUUGAACAAGAGAGGCAGACGCUGGACUGGCCUGCUAACAAAGUCAGGGACACCUUCAUUAAGUUUUUCGAGGGGAAGGAUCAUGUCUACUGGAAUUCCAGCCCUGUUGUCCCCGUCAACGAUCCUACCCUCCUCUUCGCUAAUGCUGGCAUGAACCAAUACAAGCCAAUCUUCUUAGGAACUGUUGAUCCUAACACUUCAUUGAGUAAACUCAAACGUGCUUGUAACACCCAAAAAUGCAUUAGAGCUGGGGGGAAGCACAAUGAUCUUGAUGACGUUGGGAAAGACACGUACCACCAUACCUUCUUCGAGAUGCUUGGAAACUGGUCUUUUGGAGAUUAUUUCAAAAAGGAAGCAAUUGAGUGGGCAUGGGAGCUUCUUACACAGGUGUAUAAGCUACCAGCAGACCGGUUUUAUGCCACCUAUUUUGGGGGUGAUGAGAAAUCUGGCCUUGCUCCUGAUAAUGAAGCUAGGGAGAUAUGGCUGAACUUUUUGCCUCCUGAACGUGUACUGCCUUUUGGUACAAAGGAUAACUUUUGGGAGAUGGGUGAUACUGGUCCUUGUGGUCCUUGCACUGAAAUCCACUUCGACAGAAUUGGCAACCGAGAUGCUGCGCCAUUGGUCAAUAAUGAUGAUCCCACAUGUAUUGAGAUAUGGAAUCUUGUUUUUAUUCAGUUCAACAGGGACAGUGAUGGUUCUCUAAAACCUCUUCCAGCAAAACAUGUUGACACUGGGAUGGGCUUCGAACGGUUGACUUCUAUUCUUCAGAAUAAGAUGAGCAAUUAUGACACUGAUGUAUUCUUGCCCAUAUUUGAUGCUAUCCAAAAGGCAACAGGAGCUCGACCAUACUCGGGAAAAGUCGGAGCAGAAGAUUUAGACAAGGUUGACAUGGCUUAUCGGGUUGUGGCUGAUCACAUAAGAACUCUUUCAUUUGCAAUUGCAGAUGGUUCUUGUCCAGGCAAUGAGGGUCGGGAAUAUGUUCUGAGACGUAUUCUUCGGCGAGCUGUUCGUUAUGGAACUGAAGUCCUUAAUGCUCAAGAAGGUUUUUUCAGCGGGCUUGUAAGUGUUGUGGUGAAGGUCAUGGGGGAUGUCUUUCCAGAACUGAAGCAACGUGAAGUUAACAUCAGGGACACUAUUGCUACAGAGGAAACAAGUUUUGGGAGGACGUUACUUAAGGGAAUUGAGCAAUUUAAGAAGGCUGCUCAGGAUGUUCAGGGAAUAAGAUUGAGCGGGCAGGAUGCUUUCGCUUUGUGGGACACCUAUGGGUUUCCAUUGGAUCUGACUCAGCUUAUGGCAGAAGAACGAGGUCUAACAGUUGAUGUGGAUGGCUUUAAUAUUGCCAUGGAUGAAGCAAGGAGAAGAUCUAGGACUGCUCAGAACAAGCAAGCUGGCGGUACAAUUGCCAUGGAUGCUGAUGCCACCUCAGAGUUGCGCAAGAGGGGAGUAGCUACAACGGAUGAUAGCAGCAAGUUUAUAUGGUUCCAGGAUCAUGAGAGUGUCAUAAAGGCUAUAUACACUGGUUCAGAGUUUGUGGACAGUGCUGUUUCUGGUGAUGAAGUUGGCAUUGUUCUAGAAACCACAAGCUUCUAUGCUGAGCAAGGUGGACAGAUAUUUGAUACUGGAUCAAUUGAAAGCUCAAGUGGUUCAUUUCAAGUGCUUAAUGCUCAAAUUUAUGGUGGUUUUGUCCUUCAUAUUGGUUCUAUUUCUGGAGAGAAGGGCAGGUUUUGUGUGGGUGAUACAGUAAUCUGCAAGGUUGACUAUGAUAGACGUACUCUCAUUGCACCAAACCACACCUGUACGCAUAUGCUAAACUUUGCUCUAAGGGAGGUUCUUGGCGAUCAUGUUGACCAGAAGGGAUCCAUUGUUCUUCCCGAAAAAUUAAGAUAUGAUUUUUCCCAUGGAAAGCCCAUCCAUCCUGAUGACUUGAGGAAGAUUGAGUCAAUUGUGAACAAGCAAAUCAAGGAUGAAUUGGAUGUUUUCGCCAAGGAGGCAACCCUUGCUGAUGCCAAACGUAUACUUGGUUUACGAGCUGUAUUUGGAGAAGUCUACCCUGACCCUGUUAGGAUUGUGGCAAUUGGUCAAAAGGUGGAGAAUCUCCUGGCUGAUCCAGAUAACAAAGAAUGGUUAUCAAUCUCAGCAGAACUUUGUGGAGGGACCCAUAUAUCAAAUACACGAGAGGCUAAAGCAUUUGCUCUUUUGUCCGAGGAGGGAAUUGCAAAGGGUGUUCGGAGGAUUACUGCUGUUACACUUGAUUCUGCUUUCAAGGCAAUGGAGUUGGCAUGCUCAAUGGAUCAGGAGAUUAGUGACACAUCUAAAGCAGAUUUCAGCUUGUUGGAGAAGAAAGUGGCUUCGAUAAAGAGUCGGGUACAGUCAGCAACUAUUCCUGCAGCUAUGAAAGCAGAUCUUGAAGCCAAGAUUUCCCAACUGAAGGAUCAAGUGAGGAAGGCACAGAAGAAAAUUGCCCAGGAGAAUCUUCAGAAAGCUCUGAAGGUGGCUACUGAGAUGGCAGAAGCUGCUGCUUCAGAUGGAAAAGUUUUCUGCGUCUCUCGUGUGACUGUUGGUUUGGAUGCAGAGGCAAUACGGGAAGCAGUUCUAAAAACUGCUGGUCAGAAGGGAAUAUCAAUUAUGUUAUUUAGUACAGAUGAAGACACAAACAAGGCUGUAGUGUGUGCCAAGGUACCCGAGAAAGGAGAUAAGAGCAAGGGGUUAGAGGUGUUAGAGUGGUUGACAGCGGCCAUGGGACCUCUCAAUGGGAGGGGUGGUAUAGGAAAGCGUGGCUGCGCUCAAGGCCAGGGAACAGAUGCAUCACACAUCGAGGAGGCAAUGAAUCUUGCAACAACCUUUGCAUCUAUGAAAUUGAGAUAAUUUACCUGUGCUGUUUUUUCCCACUGAAGAAUUGACAGUGCCUCAGUUCACUCACUGAUGCUAACAGAGUAAUGAUUCAGAAGUUUAAAGCAAUACGAGAAAAUGAAAGGAUGAAAAUGGAAAUGCAACACAUAAUUAUUUGGGGAAAUGAUGCCAUGUGUGGAACUGGAAAAGCAUAUACAAAUUAUUUGAUUUUACACUUGACAUUAUUUUUC